AUGGCAAAGCUCAAAAUGUCAAAACCUGUCUCCACUCCUCCCAAGAAAUCAAAGCCUAGACAGUCUCAGUCUGCACCUACCUCCGGUGUGCAAAAGCCUGUUCCUCCACCCAAGUCACAAACAACAUCAACCGAUGGAGCAAAGAAGAGGAAAAAGGAGAAGCCCCAAAGAGAAUAUGGUGCUACCACUAUUGAGGACAUAGAGACUGAAUAUGAUGAAGUAGCGAAAGAGGUGAAGAAGACAACCACUUAUGCUAGAGUGGUGAAGAAUCCUCAAUUCGGUUGUGCCCAACCAACCAAGAAGCCAAGGGAAGAAGCUGAUCCAUCGGGUAGAACUAGAAGCAAUCUCAUGACACAUGUUCCAGAAGUGCAUGAAGCUAUUCCUGACAAGCAAAAAGAUCAAUCAUCUGAGAAAGCUAUUCUGGAAGUGCAACCCAAGGAUCCUCCGGUAAUUGAAAUUGUAUCAGAAAAAGAAACUGAGGAGACAAAUGAUACAAAAAAGGGUGAAGAUGAUGGUGAGGAAGGUGAAAAGGAUGAGAUUGUAGAGGUUGUAGAAAAUGAGAAAGGAGAGAAGAAGGAAGAUCAGGUUCCAGUGACAGUGGCAAGAGACUUUGUAACUGAUAAAUGUAAAUAG